AUGAUAUCAAGAAAUAAUUAUAAUUUUUUAAUAAAAAAGGACGAAUUAAAAUAUAAAAAAAAAAGUGGUUUCAUUUUUUCCACUUUUUUCAAAAUUUUCUUUCCUCUUGUACUUUUUGCUUUAUAUAAUAUCCUCAUACAGAUUAAUUCCAAGUUGAAUAAGCAGGUAGACGUACAUUCUUCCUAUAAGCAUAACCAAAAAAAUUCAAGACAAAUGUCUGAACAUUUACGACAUCAUCAUAUCGCAAAUAUUACCUCUAGACCUUUGAGCAGUGAUUUAAAUGAUUAUUCAAUAGAAGAUGAAGAAGUAAUGAAUAUCUUCAAUAAUAAUAUGAUGCAUAAUAAUAAUUUAAAUGACAACAGUACUAAUGUAAAUAAUGUUGAAAAUAGGAUAACCGAUGAACUUAAAAAUAGUUUCAUUAAUAAUUUUGGAAAUAAAGAUGAAUUGAACAAAAUAAAUGAAGAAGAAUACGAUAGAUUAUCUGAUGAUGAAAUAAAUGAUAAACUUGAUAAAUUAGAUGAAUAUGUUAGUAAAAAAGAUAUGUAUAUUAUAUGGUAUAAUUAUUCUAAUAAUUCUAGGAAAAAAUAUUAUAAUAUGAUAGAUAAUGUAUGGGCACGUUUUGAAUCAUUAUGUUCUUUUCAUAACAUUCCAAAUAAAAUUUUAUUUAAAUUAUGGAAUAAAGCAUAUGAUGAUCUUAUAUGUACACUACAUAACAAAGAUUAUAUUUCCAUGAAAAAAUUCUAUGAAUUAUUUGAUAAAGAUGAAUGCCCACGUAAUGAUUAUAUUCAAUUCAUCGAUAUCUUAGGAGAAUCAUGGUAUAACCUUAUCAAUAAAAUGGAAAAUAAAUGGAACAAAAUCUUACAAAAUAACAUAAUAAAAGGUAAAUAA